AUAUAAUGGUAUGGACGUAGGAAGAACUGAAAAUCAUUUAGUUGCGUGCAUAUGUUCCUAACACUAGGGUUAAGUUUUCAUGUUUAAAAUGCAUCCUCUUGAUUUAAGUCCCACGGGGUCAAUUUUUGCAUCGAAGGCUUUGAGUCUUGAAUCACAUGGUAAUUUUUCUCAAUUGACUGGAACUACCAGUCUCAUUGGAAAUAAAGCAACAUAUAUAAAUAAACGUGAAAAGGACCAGGGAAAACGUGGUCGUCCUCGUGCUGAUCUUUUGACGACUCUAAUGGUUGAAGGAUCAUCGUCCAGAUCAAGAAUUCGAUGCAAUAAAUGUAGUCGUGUUUUUCCACGAGAAAAAUCUCUACAGGCUCAUUUGAGAACUCACACAGGUGAACGUCCUUAUGCAUGUGACUAUCCUAGCUGUUCCAAGGCUUUCUGUCAAAGUGGGCAACUUAAAACUCAUCAACGUCUACAUACUGGAGAGAAACCCUUUGCAUGUGUUGUUGAAGGAUGCCACAGCCGUUUUACCCAUGCUAACCGUCAUUGUGGGCAACAUCCUUAUGCUGGACUAAAACGUCUUGAAAUGGAUUUAGAACAUGUUGCAAGAAUACUAUCAGAGGAGCUCAAUCCUGAGAUUAAAACUUGGCUUUCAAAAUACCUUAAGCAAUAUAAUGAGCGUAUACUGCCAAAGUCAGUAAUCAAACGAAGUUCAUCUUUAGAAAGUGUAGAGGACAAAAUCUUUGAAGCUCCCACAAUGACUGAAAAUUCUGCAAGAAGCUGUUCCUUGCCAAGGAUUCCGAACCCUCACAUUUUGCCUGCUUUAACAAAAGCAAUUAAACCACCAGAGAUAGCAUCACCACCUUAUUUUGGUUCUGCUUUUACACAUUACAUUCCACGCCAGUUGUCAGCUUCAUCAAGUGGAUCAUCAUCGUCUGGAGUUUACUCCAUGUCAUCUUUUUCUCCAUUAUCCACUGCAUCAACAUCCCCAAUGCUAUUUUCCACUGAUUCUAGGCCAGAAUCAAGUAAUUUCAUCUACAGCAGCCAAAUGAUAUUGCAAGGACAGUAUAAUGAGGUUUAUCCAGCAAUGGUUUCUGAAACUUCAGGCCCAAGGAAUGCAGACAUGAACCAAUCUGCUUAUAAACUUAGAAGUUCACCCGUUUUAAUUUUCUCUAAAUCUCCAUCACCACCUUCCCCCACAGGUAUUCUCUCUCCCUCUUUCAGCAGAGCCUUGCCAACUUUUCCAUGCAAGAAUAUUGGAGGCUCUCAAAGUCCUCCUUUACACAAACCCAUUCCUAUAUCUUCAAAAAAUCUUUCUUCCCCAUCGACUAUAUCAAGCUCAGUCACGAGCUCCUUGAGAUACAAAAUGCCACCAAAGUAUAGAGAAAAGGAUCGUUAUCUUUCUGCACUUGCACUAAUUGAACUAUCAAAAGGUUAAUUUCAGAGGAUAGCUUUUGUUUGAAAAUAGUCAAAUUGCCAAAUGACUUGUAUUGGUAACACAUGUAAGGUGUAAAAAACAUGACUAAAAAAAAAACACCUAACAGACAUCUGAACGCAUGAAACUAGGUCUGUUUUGAUUAUUUUUAAUAACGACAUAGGAUAUGCGAGAUCUGCUCAUCAUAAAUGUUCAAAAUUGCAGUGACCAAAAAAAAAAACUAAUAAUUUACAUAUCAUGCUUUUUUCACUCCCACUCAUUAGUCCAACCACCUCUUCCAGCAAACACUCGUUACUUUUUUUAGCCAAUAAAAACUUGAAACAGAAAAGCUUUAACUAUGAGCCUACCUUGUGUUGUCGCUGUCAUUUGUUUAUAGCUGAUGACCCAAACAUUCCAUGUCUUACUUUGAUCCAGCAUAGUUUCCUAUAUUUGUGUCUAUUGUAUGUAACUAUUCAUGGGAAAUACAUUUUAGAAUUACCUACAAAAAAUGAAAAAAAAAAUGCUUGUUCCAUUUGAGCAUUUACUUACUUUUUUUUAAUGGCAAAGCAAUACAUUGAUGUUGAAUUCACUAUGAAAAUAAAUAAAAAUUAUGUUUGGAAAAAAAUUGAAGAUCACAUUAUGUUUUCAGAAUCUUCUUUCAGAACUUUUCACAAAUUAUUGUGAAGCCAAAAGUUGGAACUAAACAAAGACUAUCUUUCCUUCAUCUUUACUUAGCAAUACUUUGUCAAAUUAAUGAAGCCAAUAACAAAAAAAAAACUUGUUCUACUACUUAGCAUAAGCUUUUCUUUGUACAUUAACAUAGGCUAGCAUUACUUUGUUUAUUUUUGUUGUUUUCAGACAAUGAGAUUUGAUAGUAAUUUUUUUUUGUAUCUAAUAUAUUUGAAGUUUUUUUUAUCAUUUUGUCAAUUACAAAAAAAAAUGAUUGCUUAAGAAAACAUUAUACUGAAAAUUAUAAAAAUAUCUUAUCAUAUAUGUAAAAUUGUUUAUGUAUUUGUUUUUUAUUCAUAUUUUGUAGCAUCAUUGUAAUAGUUUUUUAUAUACUAUAAGCAGUGCUUUUUUUGUGACAGUACGCACCGGUACAGCUAUAUCGGCACCUUUUUCAAUGUGGUGAAAAAAUUAAUACUUUUCUUGUAUUUUAACUUUUAUUAUUAAUUUAUUAUUAGUUAAAAAGUUAGGCAAUCCAUCACCGAGUACCAGCACCUAUUGUUUUACAAAAAAAGCACUGACUAUAAGUAUGAAAUAAUGGACAUCAAUAUUUUGUUCAAAACUAGUUAAUGAUAAACUUUGUGUUUCUUAUGCCCUCCUCCUCUUGCCAUGUUUAGCUUAGUAGGUUAAUUUUUUUUUUCUUUUAUUGAAAUAUUGGCAUUUAGAAUAAAAAGAAUUUGUUUUUGUAACAUUACCAAAUAAUUAAUACAAAUUAUUUUUUAAAAAAUGUAUUACUAACAAAUCUUUGUUAAUACAUAUCAUAUUCAUAUCAUUUGCUUGUUGAAAUACUCCUAUUUGUAUUUUCAUUUAGUAGUAUUAGACUGCUGCUGUCCACAGGAUAUAAUGUGAGCGUUUCUUUUUUCCGCCCUUAGAACUCUAUGCAAGCAUCCCUAUCUAGGCAUUGAUUAGUAAUUUUUUUAUGAUAUUCCACAUAGCUACCUUUGAUUAAUAGCUAUGUAAGUGCAGCUUGCAAUCAUAAGCUUCAUGUAAAUGUAAACGCUUGUCCGAAUUUUAUAAUUUAUAAAAUACAUUUAUUGUUCAAACGGUUAAUAAUAUUUGUUUCUUUGAGUGCCAUUUAUGGCUUUUGCUUUGGCAGCAUUUUGUUUGACUUGCUUUUCACUUUUGCUUUUUGUUUCACAUGAUUUUUCAUAGUUCAAAUAGAAAGGAAUUUCUAUUUAUUUACUCUAUGUGUUGGCCCACCCCAUUGUUAAUUGAUGUGAUAAUUAUUUAUUCUAACUAUCUUUUUUAUUUAAACAGUUGGUAUUUAUUUACAUUGUAAAUAAAUUUGAAUGAAAUAUAUUCAGUGGUAAAUAAUUUAAAACAGACAUUAAAUAGACCUCCAGUGACCAACAACUUUGUCUGCAUCAGAUGUGGCAAAAUUUGCUUGUUACAACUGGAUUUGCAUGGUCGCUUGAAAUGCUGCACUUAUUCUUUAUCUUUGAAAUGAAACAAAAUGCCUUAUUAUGAUGGAAUAAACUAUUGUGAGGGUUACAAGAGCAUGUUGGCAUGUCUUUUUUUUUUAUCCUAUAUUGUUUAGUAGUAAAAGAUUCUAUGCACUUCUGUCAGUUAAAACUUGAGCACACGUCAAUAAACCAAUCUUCCAGCUGAACAUUCCCUUUGCGUACCAUAAAGUAAAUUUCAUCAAAAACUUCAUUCAUCAAUAAUUUCAUUUUAAUUAGCAAUAAGACUGUGUUCAUUUAUUUUGUAGAAAAAUAUACAAAUGUUCAAUUAGGCAGCAAAGAAAAGGUUCAAUUCUUUGUACAUUUUAUGUGUUAUAAAAUAAAAUGAAGAAAGAUUGUUCAGUAACUUUAAAUAUUUUAAUUUUUUUUUCUAUACAAAUGUAUUAUUUGUACAAAAAUGUAAAUAAACUUUGUUGCCUAGUUCAAAUGUUGCUUUUUUUUUUCAAUGUAUUAAUCAGUGCAACUAUAUUUUUUACCAUAAAGCUAGUAGCUUGAAGAAAGUACUAUUAAUAAUUUGAACUUAAAGUAUGUAUAAACAUUGUUGAAUGCUUAAUUUGAUAUUGUUUCAAUUUAAAAAUUUGUUAUUAAUCAUUUUUAAGAUGUUUUUACACCAUUUUUUUCUUUAUACAAGAAUGUUUAAUUGUAUAAAGAUAUAUUUAUUUCAAUAAUUUAACAAACAUGUGAAAUGGCAUGGACAAAUUUUAAUUAUCAAUUACCGUCCUUUUGUUCUAUUAACAAUUUAAUGUAAUCUAGACUGUUUUUUUAAUUAUUUAUACAACAGUAGUCUUUUUGUUGUAUUUAUAUAUUUUAAAUAUAUGUAAUUCAUUGAUGAGUGAAUCUUUCUUUUUUUUAAAUUUUCAUUCACUCUUGUUUAAAGCACAAAAAUAUUAAAAUUGUUUCUUAAAAAAUGUGCUAUUUCUUAAAUAAGGGCACAAUAUGGCCUAAACUGUGCCAAAUAUCUUAUCACUCCAAUUCUCUUCUCUUUUAUUUCACAAAUAUCCAAACAUAAGCACAUUGUUUACAGCAGAAACGUUAUCUCUAAACAAGGGUUAUGCCCAAAGCUAAUUGAAACUGCUAUUAAAAUAUGGAAUUUGUUGCGAUAAAAUAUUUUUUAUUAUGUCCAUUUCAAAAUAUAAAGCUUUAUUUAUUUUUUUAAAGUUGUUUUACUAAAGUAAGUAAUGUAUUAAUGUAAUGCUAAAAAAAAACAUAACAUAAAAAGCUAUUUCAAUGUUUAAAUAUUUUUUUUGCUGAAAUAUUUAUCAAUAAAUGUAAAUAGUGUGAUAUUUUUGCUGUCGCUUUUGUUACAUAUAGAAGUGAAGUGAAUUAUUUUUCAUAAGUUUAAUUUGUUAGAUAAAUAUAUAUAUAUAUAUAUAGUGUGAGCAUUGUAAAUCAUUUUAUCAGCAAUUACUUAAUUUAGCCUUUUUUUGAGGUUCACAAGAAAACUGCCCAAAAACUGUUUUUAUACUUAUGUUUUUAUUUUUCAUUACAGCAAACCAAUAAAAUUUAAAGUGUU